AUGGUCCUUCACAAUCCCAACAACUGGCAUUGGGUCAACAAGGAUGUCUCUGUCUGGACCCAGGACUAUCUCUCUAAAGAGCUCGUAGGCGUGCAGGCGGAGAAGGAUGGUAUUAGCGCAGAGGUCAGCAAGGUCUUAAGCAUGGAUGGAGAUGUGGACGUUUCACAGCGCAAGGGCAAAGUAAUCACCAUCUUCGACGUACGGCUACAGCUGGAGUGGACUGGCAAGAUCCCAGUCAAGGAGAAGAAUGAGAAAGACGACGGCACCGAAGAGGAGGUCGAAGGCCUGAAGGACGUGAGCGGGACAAUCACUAUUCCAGAGGUCGCACAUGACACCGAGGAGGAUGAGUAUGUUGUACGUUCUUCUGUCAAACCAUCAGCUGCGAGUUCGACCGCUGACGUGUUUUCGUAACAGUUUGAGGUGGAGCUUUACUCUUCGUCCCUAGAAAAGGAGCCGGCCAAGGAUCUCGUGCGCAAGGAAAUCACAUCCCAAAUUCGCAAGCAUCUCCAGAAGCUGGGUCCAACUCUCAUUGCUGAACAUGGCAAAGACGUGCAGCAUGCACCGGGCGAGAACCCAUCUGCCAAAUUCCCACCAGUUCGGACCAUGCAAUCCUCAUCAGUCGCAAAGCAAAAGGAUGAUCCUAGUUCCUCCUCCACCACUGCGACAUCAAACGUAUCGAACGGUCCGAAGGUGAACGUUACAUCGCUCUCCGAUCAACAGGAGUUCCGCACGACAGCCGAGCAACUUUUCGAGACGUUCACCGACCCGCAGCGCAUCACAGCCUUCACACGGGCCCCACCAAAGGUCUUCGAGGGUGCAAAGGAAGGCGGCAAGUUCGAGAUUUUCGGCGGAAACGUCUCUGGAUCCUACGUUAAGCUGGACAAGCCAACGUACAUUGAGCAGAAAUGGCGGCUGGCACAGUGGCCACAGGGACACUUCAGCACCUUGAAGAUCAAAUUCGAGCAGAACGACGUGGAUGCGGUUACUAUCAUGCGCGUCGACUGGGAGGGUGUGCCGAUCGGACAGGAAGAGCCGACCAAGAGGAACUGGGACGAAUACUACGUGCGGUCGAUCAAGACGACGUUCGGAUUUGGUACGAUCCUCUAA